ACUACAUCCACAUUCCACAUUCUAGUUCAGGGAACCCGGCAAAUAGACGAAGUCGGGAGAAGGAUCAGAACCCCCCUCCCAAAAUGGGCAAAACACGAACGAAAACGCAUUCCAAGUCCGGCAAGGACAUCCUCCACAGCACAACCUCUCCACUCGUCAAGUCGGCGCGGACCAAGGCCUCAUCACGGUCGAUAGAAGAUCUUUUAACUGAAGCGGCGGCUCUCCUCGAACAAUCACAACCAGAACUCGCACUACCGCUAGCGGAAGAGGCAUUGCGACGACUGGAAGCCGAGUCCGAUCACAACAACGACAUCGACACCCUCCUCCAACUGGCGGCUCAAGGCCAGCCCACCCUCCCCAUCAUCCUCAAUGUCUACGGCGAGAUCCAGCUUUCUCUGGGCAACCUCGAAACAGCACGGCAGUCGUUCCUACGCUCGACUCAGAUUGAUCCAGAUGGCGCGCUGAUCUCGGCAGAGCCAUACCUGUGGUUAGCGCAGCUAUCUGAACCGGGCGGACGUGACAGUAUUGAAUAUUUCGUCAAGGCGACCGAGGUGUUGCGAAAUGAGAUCGAUGUCUUAUCCGACACAAACGAGGGCUCGGCGGCGGGAGGAGCGGUGGCCCUUGCACCUGAAAUCGAAGCUGUGGUUGGGGAGAAACGAGCCAAGCUCGCCGAAGCCCUCUGCGCUAUGGCGGAGGUCUACAUGACGGAUUUGUCGUGGGAAGAGGAUGCAGAAUCACGAUGUGAAGCCUACGUGACCGAAGCUGUGGCCGUGUGUCCCGAACCGCUCAGUGCCGGGGCGUUGCAGACUCUGGCAAGUGUGCGGAUCAGUCAAGAACGGCUAGACGACGCCAGACAGGCCCUGAAGCGCAGUCUGGAGAUUUGGAAGGACAUUCCCGUCGAAGUGGAGUCGGAGAGCAGGCCUGACUUUGCUACCCGCGUCAGUCUGAGUCGGCUGUUGAUGGAGGUUGAGGUGGAGACGGACGCGAUGCGAGUUAUCGAAGAGUUGAUUCGCGAAGACGAUCAAAGUGUUGAGUGUUGGUAUCUGGGCGGCUGGUGUCAGGUUCUCAUGUCCAACAAGGACCAGGAGACUCGCAGUGCCGAGGAGCAGACCAAGCUGUUGGAGCAGGCUAAGUCGUGGCUCGACUCGUGCUUGCGGCUAUAUCGCGUGCAGGAAUACGAGGACGAGAGACUACGCGACCAUGCCAAGGAGCUUGUGCACGACUUGAACACCCGUUUGGGGGUCGAAGACGGUGGUGACGAGGAUGAUGAUGAUGCUGCCUGGGAAGACGAAGAUGAUGAGGGUUCCGACGACGACGAUCUCGAGGUCAGGAGUGAUGAUGGGGAUGUCAAGAUGAGUUGAACCGGCUCGCAGACAUACAUGACACGGAUCAAAAAGUAGGAUACGAGGACAUGACCAUAGAUUGGGUUACAUUGC